AUGGCCGCCUUCGUGCGAGUGUCGGGGCCGCCGAAUGGCCAUUUUCUGAUCGGCUACCCCGGGAUAUCUGCAACGAUGCCUCGUAUUGAAGGGAAAGUCGAGAUUCGCCCCAGCGUAGGCGUCACCGCCCCUGUCCAUGUGUCGCUGAUCACGGUCUCCCUCCACCGUCGCGAGACGAUACACCCUUCGGCGGACUCGAUGACGAAGAAGCGUCUGGCACCUCCUCGGAAAGAGAUCACGGAUACGGUGGGCAAGGAAAUGCUGCUGUUUCGCUGCCCCGCAGGUCGAGAAUUCGAGGAGGUCAUCUCAAUGGAUCUGCCGUUUGUCCUGUUCAUUCCGUUCGGGCGAGGAGGGCCGGACGCUUCGCGGCGAGUCCCUCCGGCGAGCGUGCAAUUGCCCAGUCGCACGGCCGAGACCUACUACGAGAUCGUGGUGAUGGUGCAGCAGGGGCAUUCGGAGCAGAGGAAGUACUCGUUCCCCGUGCCCAUCACGCGAUAUGACACGCUGUCCACGUUCGGCAUGUACAACCGCCCGGAGUCGUGCGAAAAAGUGAGCGACCACCUGGUGACGCUAGGGAUAUCGCUGCCGCGAUGGUCCUACGGCCCUCUAGACCCGGUGAGCGUCUACGUGAAACUGUCCCCCAACCAGGACUGGAUCAGCAAGGCGCGCAGGGUCACCAUCAACAAGAUCACCAUCGCAAUCGACGAGGAGAUCAUCUACAACCACGAAGGCGACGAACCGCAACGGAAAGUCAAAACAUUAACCAAAAGAACCGAGGCCAUCGGAGUGAAGCUGCCGCCGUCGGGUUUCUUAACAAAUCUGGGCCUGGUGUUUCCGGCAAAGGACAUGCGAGAUGCGGAGGGAAUCCUGCCCCGAGGGAAAUCAGCCUUUCCCACCUAUGCGGUCAGCGGGUUUACGACCACGGCGAGUCUCUACAAAAUCGAAUACUAUCUAAUAGUAAAGGCCCACCUCGGGUCCGCACGAGACAUUAUCAUUCGCCAUCCGAUUGUCGUAUGCCCCCUGGACCACGCCGGGUGCAAGGAGGAAAUGGAGGCCAUCGAGCAAGCGGCUCGAGAGGCCGUCCAUGUGAACCCCGAUAACCCCAUGUUGCCUCUGCCCUCGAUCGUACGCCCUACCGAUCAUAACGCCCUGCGGCACCUGGGAGUGGCCAUUGUCGGCAAACAAAAGAAGCCACUGAUCGACUGA